AUGUCAACCAAAGCAAACACGAUCUAUUUCCUUAUUCUUUUUCUUUUCAUAAUUGAUUGUCGAGCAUUUACAGAUAACGCAGAUAACGCAGAAAAGUUCGAUGCGAUACUUGGACAGGAUUUUAAACGCUCUACAAUUAAUGAAAGACUCGGAGAUGAUAAAAAAUUUAAAAGAGAUGGUCUUCUUAACGACGUAAUUUUUACCGAAUCAAAGGCGGAAUAUUCUCCUAGAAAGAGACAGAUUAAUAAUACUGGUAAUAAUAAUGACAAUAAUAAUGGAAACAACAACGGAAACAAUAAUGAAAACAAUAACAAUAACAAUAAUGGAAACAACAACGGCAAUAAUAGCAACAAUAACAGUGGCAACAACAGCAACAACACCAAUGAAAAUAUCGACAACGACACUUGUAACAACAUUGGCAAUGUCGGUAAUAGUAAAGGUGGUUGCAAUCAGGGUACGAUUGUUAGUGCUGGCACUCGAGUAUAUUUAAAAGAUACAGGGCUUAUUUUUGGUGCAAUGACUUCAGUGAUUAGCGUUGGAUUCCUUAUAUUAGCGUAA